CUUAGAUUCUUCGUUUUACUCGUAAAGUUUAGUAUCCUCAAACAAAGUCUAAGUCUUUUAAAGUGUGUGCAAGUAAAUGGCGACAUCAUUUUAUGCAGACACAUACACUGACAUUGAUGGCAGAGACGCUAUUGCCUCAGUUGAUGUAUAUACCAAGAGCGACCAAGAAGGUGGAAGUGUUAAUCAACAAGUGACAGGAAUAAUAAAAGGAAUAAUAAUUAAUAAUGAGAACUUAAAUCAUAGCUGUUGUCCAAAAUGCACUUGUUGUUCGGAUUUCAGGGAUGUUCUGCUUUUACCAGUGUGCAGUAUAAAAUUAUAUGACAAAACAAAAAUUGACAAGAUUGUUGCAGAGGUAUAUGGCUUCACAAAUCCCCUCGAUGUAUCAGAACCUGAUAAGAUUAUUCAAAAGUACAAUCAUCAGUUGAUACCUUGCAACCGGAAAGAUGAUAAAAACAAGAAGUCAGUCAACAAGAAGAAAGAUGAUAAAAGCAAGAAGUCAGUCAAGUCAGUGUCUGCCCAAAUUUUGACAAGGGAUGAGCUUUUCACACGUGUAAGAGACAGUCCAAAGAAGCUGUUUGCUGUAGGAAAGUGUGAAGGUGAAGGAAGACUAACAUUUGUUCAGCUAAGGGUUGUUGAUGAAAAUAAUACUGGUCAAAUUAAAUUUGAAAAGUCGCAAUCGCAUGAAAUACUGAGUACUUAUGGCCCUUUAGUUCUUGGAAUUAGAAAAAUAAAAAAGAAUGGUACAGAUGAAUAUGAUGUAGAUGCCAUUGGGAGUUACUCACAAGAAGAUAGUGGCAUCAUCAUCACAUUAUUUGGUGAUGGGAAUGACAAGGCAGUUCAAUUUCCAGAGGUAACACUUGAGCAAGAUAAUAGCGAUGGAACUGGUUCAGUGUCACCCCAAGAAGAUUUGGAAGGAAGAAAUCCAUAUGAUCUUCCUAAGAAUACACACUCCACAGCUUCGUUUGAAAAACCAGGGCAUAAAGCUUCUUUACUACAGAUGAAAAAGGAAAGAGAUGAUGCAAAAGAAACAAGCCCUGAUGAAGGUGAUGAUAAAAGUCCUCCAGUUGAAUCGAAUAAAAAUGUACCUCCAAUUCCGGAUAGUUCGAAACCACUUGACGUGAAGCUGGAUAAACUCAAGGAGCUUAGGAAAAUGUGGAAAGACUUUCAUAGUCAAUUGCCAGAACACAAAGAAAAGACAGUUAUGAGAAGAUUAUUAGAGGGGCUGGACGGUCUGCUCAAGGAACUUGGUGAAGAAAAAAACAGAAACUUCGAGAAACUGCAAAAGAAUGAAAAUGAGAAUGUUAGAAAUUUUAUAUUUUGGAUUGAAGUACUUCAAGAUAUUCUUGCUAAUAUACGGAUGGCAGUUGAACUGGUGAGCGUAGGUAAAAUUGAACAACUUCAGAAGCAAUUGGAAGAUAAGGAAAAGAUAGAAAGUCUGAGAGAAAAUAACAUAAGUCUUGAAAAACAAUUAGAAAAUGCGAAAAGGGAAAUCAAUGAUGCAAAAGUAUUAAUUAAUUUGCAAAAGAACACACUCUCAGAUCUCCUGAAGAAAUUGCUAGGCUGUCCCGACGAAACCACCCAACAAGAGUUACAGAAAGAAAUGGAUUACUUCCUUCGUUUGGUAGAUCAACGAUUGGAUAACAUAAUAGAUAGGUCACAUGUAAGUUUCGACGAUAUCUCGAGUUCUCUUGAAUAAGCAUAUGCACUUCUUUGCCUGAAUACUAAAUUUCACUCAAACGGCUCACUGUUAGCGUCAUGCAUUGUUAACGUUUACUUGAAGUAAACAACACUUCCCUGGACUGAAUUACUUUUGUUCACAUGGUCGUUUUCAAUAGAACCUGAAAGUUUUUGCAAGAAAAGCGCAUUUGUAUGGAGACUUUCGUGUGGACGGAAGAUGUCCAAAGAACAAAAGUUAAAAAAGAAGCCGCAUUUGUAGAUUUAUUCAAAACUUUCCGCUUGUACAUUUGCAGUCUUUUUUAUUUGCAUAAACCGCUUCUUGAAAAUCUGUCCUUGAGGGAUCUAAAACUCAAGAUAAAUGUAAUAGUAUUCUUGUAAUUUAGAAUGAUGAAACUAGCGGUAAACUAGUAUGAGCUGCGUCAGUGUUUCUUAAGAAACAUUUGUGUAAUUAGAUAAAUUUAAACGCCGUAAAAAAACUUUAUACUGACGCUUCUGACGUCAAUCCUUCGGCGUAAAGCAAUUCAUUAAGGAAAAUAGAUAGUAAAUUAAAUAGAGGAUAGCGUGAUAGCGCGCAUUUUAAUGUAAAAAUGAUGUAAGUAAUAUUUACAUGAUUUUGGACACUUACAUCAUAUUUACAUCACAUUUACACACUUUUUAUAAACAAUGUAAAUUUAAUGGAAAUAUCAGUGUAAAUUAAAAUCCAAAUUUACACGAUAUUUCAUUGAUUUUGGACACUUACAGGAUAUUUACAACCUUUGUAAUUAUCAUAGAUUGAAUUUAAAUCAUAUUUCCAUUAAAUAACAACCUUCAAGGAGCGCGUUUUUUCCAGUGGUGGAGACGUGUAUUUUAUCUUUAAGUAUUAUAAAGAUGAUCACUUACGAGUGAGUGAGUGAGCGUAGUAAAUGAUGUCAGCACAUUUUCAAUACAUUUUCAUCUUUCAAUUAUGCACGUCAGGGGGAUGAAUUUUGGGGAGAUCACUGAUUGUAAAAUGGCUAAUUGUCAUCAAUAAAACUGAGAAUAAAACCACCGCACGCCAUAAAGAACU